AUGUUGAGCAAGCAGACUGUGAGGAAGGCGGCCAUCGUCAGCACGCUGCUGGCCAUCGUCAGUAACGUCUUCAUCUUCACGUUCCCGUCGAUCCACCCGACAAGGUGCUCCUGGCACUGCAGCAGCAGCAGUACCACUGGGGAGACCGUCGCUCCUGAGGCGUUGGCCCUCUGGGAGAAGGCACUGUUCUACGCCAAACGAUACGUCAGCGACGUGGUUUAUCAAACAUUACAAGCAGAAGAGGCAACAGACGAGGGGGACAUCCACAUGAUGGCGUUUGGUGACCCGCAGAUCAAGGGUAUCUGGCCCAACACACCGUACCGGUCUCGCCUGGAUAUAUUCGGGAACGACCACUUCCUUGGACACAUCUACUCGACAAUGAGCAAGCGGUUGCACCCAGACUACGUCGUCGUCAUGGGCGACCUCUUCUCGUCGCAAUGGAUCGGGGACUCAGAGUUCUACAACCGUACGAGACGGUACGUGUCCCGCCUCUUCCACAGGGACACUACCCCAUUGGAGGCCAUACAAAGGGAGAACCACGACGAGGACGGGCUGUACAAAGUUGACUGGGACGCUUGGGGGAAACAGUUUGAGAGGGAGGCGCAGAACAACACCUUCCAAUUCGGGUUCCAGGACAUCCAUUCUUGGGAUCCACAACGGGAUGAGUUCCUCAUGGUCAACCUAACGGGGAACCACGACGUUGGGUACUCUGGUGACGCGACGUACCAGCACUUGGCAAGGUUCCAGCAGAUUUUCGGGAAGGACAACUACUGGAUAGAGUACAACGCCGGCACGGACAAGGCAUGGCGGAUCGUAGUACUUAACGACUUGCUUCUCGAGGGACCCGCAUUGCAACCAGAGUUUGUUCAGUACACGUGGGAGUUCCUAUAUCAGCUGUUCGAGAGGAACUUCGACGGCAGCACGGUCCUCCUGACACACAUCCCAUUCCAUAAGGAGGAAGGUCUCUGCUACGACGGACCGGAACUCAGGUACUACCCGGAGGUCUUCGAAAGGGAACCUUACAAGGCGAACUUGCUCAGAUCGCAAAAUCACAUCAGCGAAGAGGUCACCAACAAAGUGUUCAACUUGGUGUUCUCAAACGAUAAACCGGGCAUCGUCCUCGUCGGUCACGACCACGAGGGGUGCGAGGUCGUCUACAACAGGUUCAACGACCAAGGUGAGUGGGUCGCCGCGAAGGAUACAGUCGAGGGUGCGGAUUAUCACCUAAAGGAGGUCACCGUGCGGUCCAUGAUGGGAGAGUUCAACGGGAACACAGGGCUGCUCACGGGCCAUUUCAACACGAACCAGAAACAGUGGGAGUGGACAUUCACUUUGUGCCCCUUUGCCAUACAACACGCCUGGUGGUUUGCCAAGGCGGCUGCCUUGGUGGCCGGGUUCGUUUGGUCCUUGUACAUAGUAUUGUGA